CUGGAUUAUUAUAUUUGGUGUGAUAUUUUGCAUCGUCAUAGUGGCAACCAUGCUAUUGAUUUUGUCAGGAAUCCGGCAACAUAGAAGCUCCAGACUUUCCCGGACUCCUGCGAUCCGACCGAAGCCCAAGCCUCAGCUCCCAGGCCCCGCCCGUCCCGGCGGGUGAGCAGACAAGCCUCUCGGGCUGCCUGAAGAUUCUUUUCAGCAUUUCCUGUAAGGCAGGUCUACUGGUGAUGAACUCCCUCAACUUUCGUUUGUUAGAGAAUCUUUAUCUCACCUCCAUUUUUGAAGGACAGCUUUGCUAGGUACAACUUUGGAAUAAGGAGAAGUAGUGGAAACUGUUUUUAAAGGCUUGGUUACUGCCAUUUCACCUGGACCUGGAAGACUUGUUUUUUGGGUAAAGAAAUGUUUUCCCUGUGUGAAGGUUUCACAAUCACAGUCAAGCAGGCCGCUGAGCCCUGCCAUUUAAAGUGGCUCCUCUCUUUUACCUAUGACACUCAUACCUACACCCUGGGAAUGAGGACAGUGGUCCAGCUCCUGAGAUUCUACAGGAUAACCACUAAAGUCUCUUUGAAUUCUAUGCAAUGAUACAUGGCUAUGGAUGACCAGAACUUGAGAUGGACACUCUCUGAAUUUCAUACCAUGUGGUGGCAUUCUGAUUUCCUUGUGACCUUGACCGAGCUUUGAACAGUGCCCAACCCAAGUUCAAAGGCUGAUGAGAGAGAAAAUCUCAUGAGGAGGUUUUACUCUAGGGAAGUUGUUCAGUGAAUGGGAUCUUGGCGCACAGAGAAAGAUGUCAGGCUCUUUCUGGCUCCUUCUCAGCCUUGUUGCUGUAACUGCUGCUCAAUCCACCACUGAGGAACAGGCCAAGACAUUUUUGCAGAAGUUUGACCAUGAAGCUGAAGACCUGUCUUAUCAAAGUUCACUUGCUUCUUGGAAUUAUAACACCAAUAUUACCGAUGAGAAUGUCCAAAAGAUGAAUGCAGCCAGGGCCAAAUGGUCUGCCUUUUAUGAAGAACAGUCCAGGACUGCCAAAACUUAUCCACUAGAAGAAAUUCAGAAUCUCACACUCAAGCGUCAAUUGCAGGCCCUUCAGCAGAGUGGGACCUCAGUGCUCUCAGCAGACAAGAGCAAACGAUUGAACACAAUUCUAAAUACAAUGAGCACCAUCUACAGUAGUGGGAAAGUUUUGGACCCAAAUACACAGGAGUGCUUAGUACUUGAACCAGGUUUGGAUGACAUAAUGGAAAACAGCGAAGACUACAGUCGGAGGCUCUGGGCUUGGGAAGCCUGGAGGGCUGAGGUCGGCAAGCAGCUGAGGCCAUUAUAUGAAGAGUAUGUGGUCCUGGAAAAUGAGAUGGCCAGAGCCAACAAUUAUGAGGACUAUGGGGACUAUUGGAGAGGGGAUUAUGAAGUGACGGGGGCAGGUGACUAUGACUACAGCCGUGACCAGUUGAUCACAGAUGUGGAACGUACCUUCGCAGAGAUUAAACCAUUAUAUGAACAACUUCACGCUUAUGUGAGGGCAAAGUUGAUGGAUGCCUACCCUUCCCGUAUCAGUCCGACUGGAUGCCUCCCUGCCCAUUUGCUUGGCGAUAUGUGGGGGAGAUUUUGGACAAAUCUGUACCCUUUGACAGUCCCCUUUGGAGAGAAAUCGAGCAUAGAUGUUACCAAAGAAAUGCGGAACCAGUCCUGGGAUGCAAAGAGGAUAUUCAAGGAGGCUGAGAAGUUCUUUGUGUCUAUUGGCCUUCCUAAUAUGACUCAAGAAUUCUGGGAUAACUCCAUGCUAACUGAGCCAGGCGAUGGCCGGAAAGUGGUCUGCCACCCCACAGCGUGGGACCUGGGGAAGGGUGACUUCAGGAUCAAAAUGUGCACAAAGGUGACGAUGGAUGACUUCCUGACAGCCCGUCACGAGAUGGGGCACAUCCAGUAUGACAUGGCGUAUGCCACACAGCCCUAUCUGCUCAGAAAUGGAGCUAAUGAAGGUUUCCAUGAAGCUGUUGGGGAAAUCAUGUCACUUUCUGCAGCUACACCUCACUAUUUGAAAGCCCUUGGUCUUCUGCCACCUGAUUUUUAUGAAGACAGUGCAACAGAAAUAAACUUCCUGCUCAAACAAGCACUUAAAAUUGUUGGAACUCUACCGUUUACUUACAUGUUAGAAAAGUGGAGGUGGAUGGUCUUUAAGGGUGAAAUACCCAAAGAGCAGUGGAUGCAAAAGUGGUGGGAGAUGAAGCGAGAGAUAGUCGGGGUGGUGGAGCCUCUGCCCCAUGAUGAAACAUACUGUGACCCCGCGUGUCUGUUCCAUGUUGCUGAAGAUUACUCAUUCAUCCGAUAUUACACAAGGACCAUUUAUCAAUUCCAGUUUCAUGAAGCCCUUUGUCAAGCAGCUAAACAUGAAGGUCCCCUGUACAAAUGUGAUAUCUCAAAUUCCACCGAAGCUGGGCAGAGGCUGCUCCAAAUGCUGCACCUUGGAAAAUCAGAACCCUGGACCUCAGCAUUGGAAAAUAUUGUGGGAGUAAAGACUAUGGACGUAAAACCACUGCUCAACUACUUUGAGCCGUUGUUGACCUGGCUGAAAGACCAGAACAGGAAUUCGUUUGUGGGAUGGAGCACAGACUGGACUCCAUAUUCUGACCAAAGCAUCAAAGUGAGGAUAAGCCUAAAAUCAGCUCUUGGAGAAAAAGCUUAUGAAUGGAAUGACAAUGAAAUGUACUUGUUCCGGUCGUCUGUUGCAUACGCCAUGAGAGAGUAUUUUUCAAAAGUCAGAAACGAGACCAUUCCUUUUGGGGAGGAGGACGUGCGGGUGGGUGACUUGAAACCAAGAAUCUCCUUCACCUUCUUUGUCACUUCACCUAAAAAUGUGUCUGACAUCAUUCCUAGAACUGAAGUUGAAGAGGCCAUCAGGAUGUCCCGGGGCCGUAUCAAUGAUGCUUUCCGCCUGGAUGACAACAGCCUGGAGUUUCUGGGGAUUGAGCCGACGCUGGGACCCCCUUACGAGCCACCUGUCACCAUAUGGCUGAUUAUCUUUGGGGUCGUGAUGGGAGUGGUAGUGAUUGGUAUUGCUGUGCUCAGCUUCACUGGGAUCAGAGAUCGAAGAAAGAAAAAUCGAGCAAGCACUGAAGAAAAUCCUUAUGGCUCCGUGGACUUGAGUAAAGGAGAAAAUAAUUCAGGAUUCCAAAAUAGUGAUGAUGUUCAGACUUCGUUUUAGAAAAAUCUCUUUUUAUUUCCUCUUGAGGUGAUCUUAUUGUAUGUAAAUGUUAAUUUCAUAGUACAGAACAUAGGAGAUUAUAAGGAUGUCAUUAAAUGUCAAAGCUAUGUCGCUGUUCAGGAAAAGUUGUCCAAAGAAGACAUGCCUGAGGAGAGGGCAUCUUCACUUGCAUCGCCUUUAGUGUUUGUUUCUGCCUCAGGAUUUGACUUUUCUGUUUCCUGAAAGAGGUGUUUCUAUUUGAUAAUAGAGAAAGUUUGUCUUUGGCCUCACACGCUGUUCAGGGGUAAAAGCAAUGGAAAUGUCCGUUGUGUUGCUGGAGUUGAAAAGAAAGGAGACGUGGCAGGAGCAGGUGUUGGGCUCUGGUGUGGAACCUGGGUGCCUGUGAACGGAUGGAGCUGCAGGGAUGGAGAACAGCACGCACUGUUCAUUUGGAUUUAAUUCAAGUGUAAAGGAUGCCAUGCUCUCUUCACAUUAACUUGAUCUAAGUACUCUAGUGAUUUCCCCCAGUGAUGAUUGGACUGGAACAUGCCUUCUUCAGGGUGACAGGGCUACAGAAGAGAGAAGAAUCCAGAGAGCCAUUGGAGGACAUUGCCGUCUCACUUCCAAGCUGCUUGCUCACCAUCUGAAUCUCGCUUCCGUUGCUCUCUAACUGUGGAGUGCCUGGAGAUCCCAACUGAAUGUCACCCUGUGAAGUGGGCUCCCAAUCUCUUAAAUCUUUUGUAUUUGCCCACAAUGUCUGAGUAGUGUUGAGCACGAAGCAGACACUCAGUAAAUACUCGAUUUACACACGCCUGUGGUCUUAUGUGUACUUCUGUGCUCGGGUUUCUGUGGCUUCAGUCUGCUUUUCACUUCCAGGGACAAAGUUGCCAUCUGACUGUCCAGGACUCUUGACCUCCCAUAUGUCUUGGAAUGUA